CCAAAACAUACACAUGUAUGCCUAGUCCGCGGCCUUUACUUUUAUUCCCUCUGUCUUCCAUUUUUCAACAAUCUGCUCCUCCCUGCAACUCUGCUUCCUUCUGCUCUCACUUCGACAAGCGGCAAAGAGGCCACACUUGGUUCUAAUGGGUGAUUUGCCAAGGGAGGAUACUAGUAAUACGCUUCGAGUACUUGUAGCAACGGACUGUCAUCUGGGUUAUAUGGAAAAAGAUGAAAUAAGGAGGCAUGAUUCUUUUCAAGCAUUUGAUGAAAUAUGUUCAAUAGCAGAAAAACAGAAGGUAGACUUUGUUCUACUUGGUGGGGAUCUUUUUCAUGAAAACAAGCCAUCAAGGUCAACUUUAGUGAAGACAAUAGAGAUUCUUCGCCGGUAUUGUCUCAAUGAUCAGCCAGUACAAUUUCAGGUUGUCAGUGACCAGACCAUCAACUUUGCAAACAUAUUUGGCCAUGUGAAUUACGAAGAUCCACAUUUUAACGUGGGACUACCAGUGUUCAGUAUUCACGGGAAUCAUGAUGACCCUGCUGGAGUGGACAAUCUUUCUGCAGUUGACAUCCUAUCGGCUUGCAAUCUUGUUAACUACUUUGGGAAAAUGGCUCUCGGAGGUUCUGGUGUUGGGCAGAUCACACUGUAUCCCAUUCUUAUCAGAAAGGGCUCAACUUCGGUAGCUCUCUAUGGUCUGGGAAACAUUAGAGAUGAACGUCUGAAUAGAAUGUUUCAGACCCCUCAUGCUGUACAGUGGAUGCGUCCGGAAACUCAGGAAGGAUGCCAAGUGUCAGACUGGUUCAAUAUUUUGGUGUUGCAUCAAAACAGAGUGAAGACAAAUCCUAAAAAUGCCAUUAAUGAGCAUUUUUUGCCACGGUUUCUGGACUUCAUAGUUUGGGGCCACGAACAUGAAUGUCUUGUUGACCCUCAGGAAGUUCCAGGCAUGGGUUUCCACAUUACACAACCAGGAUCUUCAGUUGCAACAUCACUAAUUGAUGGAGAAUCAAAGCCGAAACAUGUCCUGCUUGUAGAGAUUAAGGGUAAUCAAUACAGGCCAACCAAGAUACCUUUAAACUCAGUGAGGCCGUUUGAAUAUGCUGAGGUUGUAUUAAAGGAUGAAGCCGACAUUGAUCCUAAUGACCAAAAUUCAAUUCUUGAACAUCUGGACAAAGUGGUCAGACAUCUAAUAGACAAGUCUUACCAGAAGUCUGUAAAUAAAUCAGAGGUCAAGCUACCACUAGUAAGACUAAAGGUAGAUUAUUCUGGAUUCAUGACCAUAAAUCCUCAAAGAUUUGGGCAGAAGUAUGUGGGAAAGGUUGCAAACCCUCAGGAUAUUCUAAUUUUCUCAAAGGCUUCAAAGAAAGGUCACAACGUAGUAAAAAUUGAUGAUUCUGAAAAGCUACGACCAGAAGAAUUGAAUCAGCAAAAUAUCGAGGCUUUAGUUGCAGAAAAUAACCUGCAAAUGGAGAUCCUUCCAGUCAACGAUUUGGAUGUUGCAUUACACAAUUUUGUUAAUAAGGACGACAAAAUGGCUUUCUACUCCUGUGUGCAAUACAACCUUCAAGAAACCCGUAGUAAAAUUGCUCGAGAUUCGGAUACUCUGAAGUUUGAAGAGGAAGAUCUGAUUGUUAAGGUUGGAGAGUGCUUACAGGAACGUGUGAAGGAAAGAUCGCAUUCUAAAGACCCUGCUCAGUUCACAUCUAGUGGACAGUCAUUAGAGAAUAUUAGAAGUACCAAAGAUGUCGGAAGUGCAGUAUCUUUUAGUGAUGAUGAGGACAGUACUCAAUUAUAUGGUACAAAGUCCACCACCAGAGGCAGGAAAGCAGCAUCACAAUCUUUCAGGUCCUCUCAUGAUGCUUCUGAAAUUAGUAAGCCGGCUAGAGGGAGGGGCAGCAGGGGUAGGGGAAGAGGCAGAGGCUCUUCAAAUUUGAAGCAGACGACUCUCGAUGCGUCUAUGGGUGUACGUUCAGGAAGAUCUGCAUCAGUUGCUGCUACAGCUUCAGUUAGAAGUAUUGCUGCAGAGGAGGAGAAUGUCGAUUCUGCUUCAAGUGAUGAAGCUGUGCAAUUUAACGAGGUUGAGGACAGUUCGGAUGAGGAUGUCAGAGCUAACAGCCGCAAAAGACCUGCUGCUCCAAGAGGAAGAGGCAGAGGAGCAUCUUCCUCCAAGAGGGGAAAGAAAACAGAUAGUGUGACAUCUUCAAUACAACGAAUGAUGAUGAACAGAGAUGAUGAUGACGAUGACGACGAUGAUAGUGUAACAAAAAAAGUACCUGCAUCUCAAACUCGGGUAACAAGAAAUUAUGGUGCCCUGAGAAGGUAGGUAAUAUAUCAGCCGUCAGCGAGAACUCUCUUAGAAGGUGGCCUGCCCUGCGAUUGAAUGGUUCAUGCAUGUUUCUGAACCUUGUGUGUUCCAAGAGGAGAGCAUGUAAAUUUGUAAUGCAGUUGGAAAUGGUUUUGCUUUUUGAGGAAUUAACCCUUGCAUGGUCAUUGUACUGCAGGUUUUUUUUUUUUUCUUUUUUUUCUUUUUGACACAACUCAACCUAACAAGAUUUGAAUCCUGUAUAAAAAUUUGAACAGAAACAGGAAGCAUACUGUAUAAACAAGUUGAAGCCGUUUAUGGAAGUAGUUUUUCGAGCC